AUGCCCGUGAAAGCGCAUGUCGUGGUUGACAAAUCACUGGCCCAAUUAAGGACCGAUGAACCGAAGGCUGACGCACGGCAAUCACCCCAGCCUGUCAGUAUACUGCUGCUGCUGUUUUUUCUACUUUCAUUUGCAUUUACCUUCAAUUGGCUUCUACCAUUCAAUUCGGUGCUAUUCGGGCUUCUGAUCGAUCUAAGCUGCACAGCAGCGCUUUACUUUCACAUUGGUGAGACGGAGCGAAAGUGCUUUAUUGAAGAAGUCCCCGAUGAAACGCUGGUUGUCGGCAACUAUAAAUGCAAUCUCUUUGACCCAAACACCGGCGGCUUUAUGCCUUCCAGCCCUGGCAUUGGCAUGCACGUUGAGAUCCGCGACCCCGAAGACAAAGUGAUCAUGUCCAAGGUGUACUCACACGAGGGCAAAUUCUCAUUUACCUCACACACUCCCGGCGAACACGUCAUUUGCCUGUACUCAAACUCUACUCGCUGGUUUGCUGGCGGACAACUUCGCGUCCAUCUCGACAUUCAAGUGGGAGAGCACGCCAUUGACUACCAAAACGUUGCCCAGAAAGAAAAACUGAGCGAGCUUCAACUUCGAAUUCGCCAGCUUAUGGAUCAGGUGGAGCAGAUCACCAAAGAGCAAAACUAUCAGCGGUAUCGCGAAGAACGUUUCCGGUCUACCAGCGAGAGCACCUACUCGCGAGUCUUGUGGUGGUCACUUUCACAGACUGUUAUCCUACUUGGAAUGGGCAUUUGGCAAAUGCGACACUUAAAGAGCUUCUUUGAAGCGAAGAAACUCGUGUAA